AUGGCGAAUGUACACAGCUGUGCUCAAUUUGAAUUUAUCCAAGAAAUUUAUAAAGUGAUCUCAAGUGCUAAAUUAAGUUGCGCGAAAUUAUUUGUUGCAAAAUAUCCAGUUGGGAUAGAUAAUCGUUUAAAGGAUGUCAUAAAUCGGUGUUUAGAUAUUCAUUCAAAUAGUUGUUGCAUCGUAGGGAUCUAUGGCCUUCCUGGAGUGGGUAAGACAACAAUUGCAAAAGCUAUUUUCAACACAAUUCAUUAUAAUUUUGAUGGAAGCACCUUUCUAGAGAAUGUUAGAGAACGGUCAAAGACAAAUGAUGGCAUACUCCAACUACAAGAGAAACUUUGUUAUGAAAUCUCAGGGAAUAGAAAUUUGAAGGUGGGGAGUAUAUCUAGAGGAAUCAAUGUGAGAAUCAAAAGGCUUCACCGUAAGAAGAUUCUUGUAGUUCUUGAUGAUGUGGAAAAAUUGGAUGAAAUAGAUAAAUUGCUUGAAAAUUAUGAUUGGUUUGCUUCUGGAAGUAGAAUUGUUAUAACAACAAGAGAUAGACGCUUGCUAGAUACUCUUCCAAAUGAUUGGCAUGUAACAUACUACAAGGUUGAGGAACUAAAUGAACAUGAAGCUCGUGAGCUUUUUGUUAAACAUGCCUUUGGAAGAAAUAAUGCCAAGGAAGAAUAUUUUGAACUUGUUGACCAAUUUAUACAUUAUGCCAAAGGCCUUCCUUUAGCUCUAAAAAUAAUUGGUGCAAAUUUGUAUAAAAGAACUAAACAUGAAUGGAAAAGUGCAUUAGACAAAUAUAAAAUAAUUCCUGAGGGAGCUAUUCAAGAAAUACUCAAAAUAAGCUAUGAUGGAUUGGACCAAACUCAACGGGAUAUUUUUCUUGAUAUUGCAUGUUUCCUUAAAGGAUUCCACAAGAAUCAUGUUGUAGAUAUACUAAGCAGCAUCAAUUUCUAUAAACCAGAUUAUGAUAUUAAAAGACUAAUUGAGAAGUGUCUCAUAACUGUUACUAAAGAUGACAAACUAUCGAUGCAUGACUUGAUUCAACAAAUGGGUUGGGAAAUUGUUCGAGAAGAAUCACCACAAGGGGUCAAGAAACGUAGCAGGAUAUUGUGUUAUGAGGAUGCUUGUGAAGUAGUAAUUGAAAAUACGGGGUCAAAUGAAAUUCGAGGCAUAACGGUGCAUUUGCCUGAACCAAAAAACAUGCGGUUGAAUCUUGAAAAGAUGAAGAAUCUAAAAUACUUGGAAGUUCAUAAUGUAAUUUGUGAAGACCUGGAAUUUCUUCCUAAUGGGUUAAGAUUACUUGAUUGGAAUAAAUUUCCUUUAUCUUCCUUGCCAUCCACCUUUGAACCUAGAAACCUUGUUGAACUCAACAUGCCAUGGAGUCAUAUUGAAUUGGAUGAGCAUUUCGAGGUAUGA